AUGGACCAUUUCGGACCCGGCAUCGAGUACUUGGAUAUCAAUACUGACGGUGACCAUGUCAACUUCACAUGUUUUAGCGAAAAAACCGUUAAUGAGGACGCGGUGCUAAAAAAGCCGUUGCAGACCUCCAUUGCUGUUGAAACAGAUGAAUUUGAUGAUAUCGACGUUGAGGAUAAGCUUCAUGUCGUCAUUUCUGUCAAAGACUUUCGCGCCAUUGUUCAACAUGCUGGGAUCACUGGAAAUGCCAUCUCUGCCCGAUAUUCUCUCCCUGCGAAACCCAUAUUGCUCUCUUAUGUUGGAGAUGCUUUGGCUUGCGAGUUUCUUAUAAUGACAGUAGGGGAACGUGGAAGUAAUCCAGCCCAAAAGACGAAAAAGGGCCGCAAAGCAACAGCAGCAGCAGCAUCAGGUCCACGUUUAGAGGCUGCCUCUCGUAGGACCAGCGUUGCACCAAACGAAACCACCACGAAUAUACAGCCUUACCAGCUUUCACAAUCUGCGCCAUCUAUCGCGAAACCCACGGUACCUAACCCAACGCCCCAUCCACAUAUAAGCGCUGCUAGGGCCAGCGCUUCACGAAUUGGUGCCUUUGAUCUACGGCCGUCUCAGAAGCCACCACCGCCCACUAUCCGCUCAGAAAGCCUGUUUGUAGAUGAUGAUGGCUGGGAGCCCGUGAGAGACGAGGAGGAAGACGUGGAACAAGACGCAAGGCUGGAGUGGGAUCAUAGUGCCGACCCUAACCCUUCAGCGUUGCAGCUGAGCCGGAUCGAAGAGCGUCAUGCAGCCAGCGUUGGGCGCCAAGAAGCGGCAGAUGCCCAAACUGCCCCCGAGUCAACAUACUUGGAGCCGACACAAAAGCUUUCAGAUGUUAAGAGCCUCGCGUUAUUUCCGGACUAG